AGCUGACACCAUGAACCAGCUGAUCCUUUGCAUGCUGCUUCUCCUGGCCUCUGCGGAGCUGGCUGGGGCAUGUCCUGCAGGCUGCCAGUGCCAAGACCCCAAGACCAUCCUGUGUGCGGCUAGACGGGGCCAGACCGUGCCUCAGGGGCUGCCCCCCAACACCCUCUCCCUCUAUGUCUUUGAGAAAAAAACGACGCUCAGUGAGGACAGCUUUACAGGCCUGCCCGCCCUUCAACUCUUGGACCUCUCACAAAACAAGAUCACCAGCAUCCAGAAAAACAUCUUCCAGCCCCUGACGGAGCUCGUCAACUUGGACCUGUCCUCCAACCAGCUGCAGGAGAUCACCAAUGAGACCUUCCAUGGGCUGCGGCUGCUGGAGCGGCUCUACCUGCAGAGGAACAGGAUCCAGCACAUCCAUGCUGCUGCCUUCAACACGCUGGAGAACCUGCUGGAGCUGAAGCUGCAGAACAAUCAGCUCUGGGCCGUGCCCCCCCUUGACCUGCCCAAUCUCCUGCUGCUGGACAUCAGCUGGAACAAGAUCCCCACCAUUGCACCGGGGGCCUUCCAUGCUGUCAACAUUGAGUCCCUGAAGAUUGCAGGGCUGGGCCUGACAAGCUUAAACGAAGAGCUCUUCCAGGCCCAGAACAACCUCCACGAGCUGGAUGUCUCUGACAACCUGCUGGAGCGCAUCCCCGCGGUGCUGCGGCGGCUGGGCAGCCUCACCAAGCUCAGCCUGGCUGGCAAUGCCCGCAUCUCCCAGUUGCCGGCUGAGGACUUCCACAGCCUUCACAACCUCCAGGAGCUGGACAUCAGCAACCUCAACAUUAACACCAUCCCUCGGGAUUUCUCCACCUUC